AAUCAUCUAUUCUUUAAUCGUGCUAUGUUAUACUCCUAUACUGCAAGCAGCUAUACACGAAGUCACGAAAUAGAUAAACAUACGAUUACACCUCUUAAAAUGCCGAGCUGUUAAUUUUUUAUUUUUGUCACUUAAGCAUCUAGAUUCUUGGUUUUUCCGUUUUUAUUCAUUUUACUUCUACAGUUUGCAGGCCUGUUGCCUGUUGGUUGUAACUUAGCUCUUGAGUUCUAGAAUCUUGUAUCUUCGUAUCUGGCAUCUGCAGUAUCUGCGAAAUGCAUACCUUCAUUGUUCCACAAGUUUAUUGACCAUUUUUUUUCAUUCUUCCUUCUGCAAAGUUCUAUACUUCAGUCGUUAGUCGUUACUCGUUCAGUGAUUAGACCACCGUUGUAAUAACGCACUAACGCCUUACGUAGUGUUAAUCCUAAACUAUUCACCUUGAAUAUUCCCUUACGGACGCUAGUUAAGCCAGUUCAUUGUCUUGACUACCCGUUUAAUACACCAAAUAUUAGAUAGGUACUAUAGUGCAUAUUAAUUAUUUGAAUAAAUUAAAACAACAAAAUAACCAAACAUGUCAGACGAUUUUAUUACAUUCAACGUUCGCUUUGAAAAAAAAUUAUUUGAACUUAAAAUAAAAACUCCUAAAAAUGUAUCUGGAUUCAUCGAAAAGCUGAAAGAUGAAUUAAAUUUGGAGAAAACAGAUGAAUUAGUGAUAUUAUGUCCAACACCCGACGGAAAGAUGAUGGAAAUCCAAUCAGAUGACAAUAUUGAAUUUUUAAAGAAAACAAAACUUGCCUAUAAUGCAGUAACCAAAGAAAUUUAUUGCAAUGUGGAACUUGUGGUAACUGUUAUUCAUGAACUGCCUGAUGACACAAAAGCUCAAUUCAUGCUGUUAUCAAAUAAAAUUGACAAAUUAACAAUUAAAAUUGAUGAAUUAUCAGAUAAAUUUAUCCAAACAAUUGAAGAAAAUAAAACCAGUACAUUUUCAAGUAUUAGGUCGAUUUUGGCAGAGGGCUUACAGACAGCUUCUGUGAACAAAUCAAAGAAUAAUUCCUUAGGCGAAGAAGACCUAGAUAUAAAGGUCAAUCUUGGUCAGCGCCAAAAAAAAACCAAGAAGGACAAGGAAAAAUUGUCAUCAACAACUGUAGCAACUAAUGAUAAUUCAUCAAACUCACCUGAAAACUUAAAAUCGGAUACACCCACAUCUGUCCCACGAAUUAUACGUAAAGAUAUUGAUGUUUUAUUAGAGAUGUUAGUAGCAGAUGGAUAUACCAACACUAUUCAGAAUAUUAUAGUACUUAAAAGAUUUGAUAAUGAUUAUGAAAAAGCCAAAAAUUAUUUGAAGUCAUCUUCAACUUAACAUUGACUAUUAUAAUUGUUGUUAAAAUUUCAA